AUGCCCCGACUCUCUCUCUCCUCCCUGCUCACCUCGCUCUUCUACCUCCUCCCCCUCUACCUCUUCGUCCUCGCCCCCCUCUCCCGCCAACUCUUCCCUCCCUCCCCCGACGCCGUCCGCCCAUCGUCCCGAACCUUCUUCCAAGAUGACGACGCCGACCUAACCGUCCCGCCAGAGGACCUCGAAUACCCCGUCCUCGACCCUAACAUCCUCAGUCUCGACGACGGCGUCACCGUCGACUGUCCGACCGACGCCUACCGCCUGCACCUGCUCUCGCGCGACCCGCUCAUCAUCUACAUCGAGGACUUUCUCAGCGAUGCCGAAGCCGACCACCUCGCCCGACUAGGGUACCUCCCCUCGCCUCCCGCCCCCAUCCCCCCAAACAGACACGCAGUUAACCCAAGUAGAGAGCAAGGCUACACCCCCUCGAUAAUCUUCGACGGCACGACCGAAAAAGUCGACCCGACGCGCCGCCUCUCAGACCGCGCGCUGCUGCCGCGCGACACGACGGUGCGCUGUCUCGAGGCCCGCGCGCGCGCCUUCCAGGGCUGGCGGCCGCACCUGUACGUCGAGCGCAUGUGGGCGCAGCGCUACAACGCCUCGGGCCACUACCGGCACCAUUUCGACUGGGCCGGGUCGGCGGCGCGCGGUGGCGACCGGCUCAGCACCUUUAUGGUGUAUCUGGGGGAUGAGUGUGAGGGCGGCGGGACGAAUUUCCCGCGGCUGCGCAUGCCGCGGGACCCGGCGUGGUGUCGGUUUGUCGAGUGCGAGGAUGCCGAUGGCGAGGGGCGCGGCAAUGGCCAUGAGGGCAUUACGUUCCGGCCGAUCAAGGGGAAUGCCAUCUUCUGGGAGAACCUGAGGCCCGAUGGCUCCGGGUACCCCGAGACGUGGCAUGCAGCGUUGCCUGUCACGGCUGGUACUAAGGUCGGGUUGAAUAUUUGGAGUUGGUAUCAGCCGCCUCGCAGGAGGACGUAG